GAUCAUCUCAGCUCUGAUCAGUAACUCAACUUGCAGUGAAUUUGUAAUAAACAAUUUUGUCAGUGCGAUUAAUGCUUGAUAAUUAAAAAUGAGUAAACUAAAGUUUGUAACUCCGGAGCAGAAGAAGUGCUGGCAAGACAAUGGAUUCGUUAAACUUACGAAUGUAUUUACGGAAAAAGAAAUCGAAGAAUUUUCUUCUGAGUACGAUGAACUAUUCGAACGUAAGAGACGCGAAGAUAUGGAAGGUUUGGAAUCAGCUUGGGCUGGAAAUGACAUGAAAAAUUUAUCUGGCAAUAGAAAUGUCACAGUAAAGUCUAUUCAUAAUCUUCAAAUGCACAGCGCAGUCUUUACACGAGUGAUAAUGAAUUCUAAUUUACUGGACGCAAUGGAAGACAUCAUGGAAACUAAGGACAUUGUUCUGCAUCAUACCAAAGCUCAUAUCAAACCACCGGAAAAGGGAGCGCCUUAUUUGAUGCAUCAAGACUACCCGUAUUUCCCGCACAAGAAACACACGAUGCUGGCGAUCUUCAUUCAUCUUGACGAUACCACUCCGGAAAACGGCGGACUGGCCAUUUAUCCUGGCAGCCAUAAGCUGGGACCACUGCCACCGCACAAAGUAAUUGAUGAAAAAAAUGAAGCCUAUCACUACGUUGAUCCCGAGCGCUUUCCUCUGUCCAAGGCCACGCCAGUUAGUGCGAAAAAAGGAGAAAUUAUUGUUUUUACUUAUUUGACUCUUCAUGGAUCGUAUCUGAACCUUUCUGACAGACCUAGACGUAUGUUUUUAAUGCAAUUGCGUGCCGCUGAUGAUGAACCUACUGAAGACACUCAUAAAUCUCCGUGUCAGGAACUUGUUUUGCGAGGUAGAAAUAUAUAUCGUAAAGCCAACAUGGCUACUAGAUUUUCUCACUAAUUUUGGUUUAAAUGUAAAAGAUUAUUUUUGAUAAAUCAAAGAAUUUAAAAAUUUUUUCGUCAUAA